AUGUGGUUGCUUCAGGACAGGGGUGACGUGGUUUCUUCAGGACAGGGGAUAGGGGUGAUGUGGUUGUUUCAGGACAGGGGUGAUGUGGUUGUUUCAGGACGGUUGAUGUGGUUGUGUCAGGACAGGGGUGAUGUGGUUGCUUCAGGACAGGGGACAGGGGUGAUGUGGUUGUUUCAGGACAGGGGUGAUGUGGUUGUUUCAGGACAGGGGACAGGGGUGAUGUGGUUGUUUCAGGACAGGGGUGAUGUGGUUGUUUCAGGACAGGGGUGA